CACAGAGAACGUACCGUUGUACCAGCACAAUAACGGACCGUCAUCACAGAGAACGUACCGUUGUACCGUUGUAAUAAACGCCGCUACAACAACAACAACUCCACCGUUGAUGACGCUGCUCACAAAAGGUUGAGUGGGUUAUACAGAGCGCUACACUGUUGCAGAGUUUGUUCAGCUGAGGACUAUAGUGUUGCAGAGUGGGUACAGGAGAGCCCAGGUCAGUGCUCAAUCACACUAGGUGUGCCCACUUAGCACUACCCAACAUACCCAUUAUCGGAUCCGACGCCGAGAUUGGCCUUCACACUAUACAAGAUCCACUCAUCCCCAGGAGUUGUCACACGAAACACGACAGAGAUACGCCUGGACAAGGCUCUUCACAGACAUUAUUAAAAUGUGGAGGCGAAAAAAAGGAUAAAUAGCACGGAGAAGGAGGAAGAGGAGGAGGAGAAGGAGAGAGCAGCACAGGAGGAGUAAACAAUGUGUGUGUUGAUGUGAGAGAGAUGACACAACAUGUUACAUGACCAACCAGAACAAAGGUGAUAAAUCUCCAGAGGAGAAGAGAGAGAAGAUGGACUUGGACGAUGGUGUGAGGAAGGAGGAUGAGGGUUGUGACGACCCCAGGGAAGAUGGUUGUCCUGUUGAAGACACCAGGGACACUCACCAAGACGCAUUGACAAAACAAGAUGGAGAUGACGAGGAAGAAUCGAAGGCUAGAGGAACGAUGGAUGGCGAGGAUAACUGUGGUGAUGUAAAUGAUGGUAAUAAGCAACAUAAUGAAGAUGAACACAUGGCAAAUGGUGAGGAAAUGCCGGCUGAACAACAGGAGGUAGAGGUUGGUGAGAAUGACAAGCAAAGUAAAGAUAGACAUGACAAGAAUGAUGAGACAGCAGAACGUCCAGAUGAUUCUGAGGUUAAAGAAUUAGAGGUACAGGUUAGUAAAGACGAGAGAAAAGACGACGUAUUUGAGGAGAGAAGUGACAGUAACGAUGGUAACGAGCAUGAUGAAGUGGAAUAUGAUGAUCAUGAGAGACGUGACAGCGCCGAGACAAACGAACCGAAGAGCAACAGUUCGGAGAAAGAGGAUAAGAGCGGCAGCAGCGGUGGUGAGAAGGAUGGUGGGUCAGCACUUCUCAGCCUGCAGCAGAUGGACGAUGCCAUGGCCAAGUGUGGCAGCAGUGUUAUGUAUCACAAUCUGGUGACACAGGACCCCACCGUUGCCCAACUCCUUGCUCAGUCUGCUGCAAGUCCCAUCCAGUGGCCCAAGGACCGAAUGCUGCCAACUAGACACGAGCAUCUGAUGAAUGCUGCUGCCGCUGCCGAGCAGAAACCUUGGCCACUCGGCAUAGACUUCCAGAGUAGCGAGCACGAUAGUAAAACUACCCUCCUAACUACCAGCAGUGCCUCAUUAUACACCAGCAACUGUGUCGAUGCUGCUGCCUUGGACUCAGAGAGCAGGAAGAGACGCCAGCUAGAGGUGGCAGCAGAGGUGGAGCGACAGCGUUUGCAAGCCUUGUUGCAUCCCAGUCUGCAACACACAUUAUCACUGAAUAAGAGUUCUUCCAGUGCCGCUGCUGCUGCUGCUGCUGCUGCUGCCGCCGCCGCUGCUGCCGCCACUAUGGGUCUCCCCCCAACCUUCUCUAGUGCCAGUCUUCGAGCACUCAUGGAAGAAACAGAUGACAGGAGCAAAAAACAGCAGCAGCAGCUGGCAUCAGAUUCACACACGUUACGGCAGCUACAGUCUCUGCCGGGAACGUUAGAUUUAGCAGCCAAGUCAAUGAACACAAGCAUGGAUAUGUCUGCCAGUCUACUGUCCCCCUGGGGUCCAUGUUGGCCACGGCUUGAUGACCCUAUGAGAAUAAUGGAGAAGAGACAUCUCGGCGAAUCUCCCUUAGAUCCCAGGACUCAGGAAAAGAAGCGCAGAAAGCUCGAUGAGAUAGUUUUUGGUCUGACGACUAAGGGUAAGAGCCCCGAGGCUGCUACUUCCUCGCACAAGGACACAAAUCCUCUCUCUCUCCUCCAUGGCUCCUCCCUCACACUACUAAACUCCCGUGACAGAAGCCAGGUAACCAACACAUUGACCGCACCCAAACUCUCAUCUAGCAUAAGCAUCACCCCCAGUGUGUCGAAGCGACCCAUUGACACGAGGGUGGAGGAUGGAGGAGGCGGAGCCUCUUCCAAAACAGCAACUAACUCCAGCGAGAGAGAGGGCAAGCCUGGGUUAGUGAAGCAUUCGGACCUACCCCCAGGUGUGACACUGCCGCCAGGCAUCGAGCUCUACCGUCCCACUGAUGCCAAGGUGGACAAGUGGCUGGAGCAACACCAGGGACUGCUGGCUGACUCGUCCAGAUUGACCAAGGAUCUUAAGCGACGGAAGAUUGAUUUCAACACAAUGGACUGGAGUCAAUUCUCUGGUGAUGAGCAUGUCACCGUCAUUAACACUACCACCGGACACAGGAUAAGUGGGCAGGAUGCCCCUAAACUGAAGUACUUGGCGCAGUGGCUGAUGGAGCAUGCUAACUACGAUGUGGACCCCCAGUGGGCAGACAUUGUGAAGGAGCGUAGUAGUAGUAGCAACACCAGCAGUGCUGCGUUCCUCUCUGAUUACCACAAGAAACUAGCAAGCGCUGAGAGAAAGCACAGUGCCAGCCAUGCUUCCUACAUUGCCUCGAUGUCCAACUACCUUCAUGGCAGCACCUACUCCAGCAGCACCAUGACGUCGCCACAGUUCCUGCCAUCUGGGUCCAACACCACAACCACGUCCACUUCGGCAGCCCGGGGCAGCACCUGUGCCCUCCCUCCCUCCUACCACUCCUUCAGAGGUAUGCCAUAUGACCCCAAGAGCCUCCAAGUGCCAGACCCUAAGACCUCUCUAAAUGCUGCAGCUUUUGCUGGUUUAGAUCCAAAACUCUUGGGAUUUGAUCCUAAACUACUAGGAAGCCUCGAUCCAAAGGCUCUCAGUGUAGACCCAAAGCUGCUACCUCCACUGGACCCAAAGCUGCUACCUCCAUUAGACCCUAAGUUAAUAGCAGCUAUGGGCCCACUAGACCCUAAGGUACUAGCAGCUAUGGGUCUAGACCCUAAACUAAUGGGACUGGAUGCCAAGCAUCACGAGGCUGCCAAACACCAUGAGAAGGAAGUCAAACCUUCCUCUUCUCGAAGCUCUGACUCAAAAUCCUCCCUACUCAAUAUUGACCCUAAAUUAUUAGGCUUUGAUCCAAUGUUGUUAGCAGGAUUGGAUCACAAAACAUUAGCUUCCCUUGAUCCCAAGUUGCUUGCAAGUUUAAGUGGACUGGAUCCCAAGGCUAUGGCAGGAGUGAAUCCUAAGCCCUUGGCUGGUCUUGAUCCUAAAUCCCUAACUGGAAUUGAUCCUAAGUUCCUCGCUGGUCAUGAUCCUAAAAUGUUAGCAGGCCUUGAUCCCAAGCUCUUUGGCAGUCUUGAUCCAAGAUCACUAGGAGGGUUAGAUCCCAAGCUCUUAGCUGGCCUAGAUCCAAAAUUGCUUGGAGGUUUGGAUCCUAAAUUGCUUGGUGGCCUGGAUCCACGAUUACUAGGUGGGAUUGACCCCAGAUUACUAGGAGGUCUUGAUCCUAAGCUACUGGCAGGAUUGGAUCCCAAGAUGAUGUAUUUAGAUCCCAAGAUGCUUGGCUUGGAUCCUAUGAUGUUUGGCGGUAUUGAUCCCAAACUGUUGGCGAGCUUGGAUCCGAAGCUUCUAGGAGGAUUGGAUCCCAAGGCUCUUGGUGGUCUGGACUCUAAGUUGUUGGCCAGUAUGGGUUUGGAUCCUAGCAUGAUGAUGAUGGCUGGCUUUGGUGGCUUGCCAGGUAUGGCUGGAUUAGCAAUGGCAAAUCCUCUGUUGGGUGGCUUGGCUGGGUAUGGGUUACCUGGCUUGACAAACCUCAAUGACUUUCCAUCGACCUCCAAGAGCAAGGACCACAGAAACGCCGCUGCCACUUCGGCGGCUAAUUUGCAGUUUCCAGGAAUGUUCGGUGGUGCCAGCACUGCUGGGCUGAUGUACCCACCCAUGGGGCUCGGCGGUCUGGGCUCCUUCCAGUUACCCUCCAUGUCAUCGGCCGUCUCAAGCGCCAUCCUUAACGGCCUUCCUGCUAGCAUAAUGUCCAUGGCUGGCACCUCACGGCACGUCAACCAGGCAGCGACCACCACCAUCAGCAGCAGCACCAGCAGCAGCAGCAAGUGGAAACAGGACCAGCGACGACCUCGUGACACCAGGGAGGAUAACCGUAGCAGGAUGGAGAGACCUGAUGCAUCGACUGAGAUUGAACGUGGACUGAACCUCCGUAAGGAGAAACUGAAAGAACAGUCUGGGCUCUCAAAGGAGGAACUCUACCUCUUAAAACAAAUGAAGGCCGAGCGGUUAGCUCGGGAGAUCGAAGCUAGGGGAAGCCACGACCCGUAUGCUGCUCACCUGGAUUUGCCGCUAAACUGGAAUCAAGAGAGCCACCACAGCGAGAGGACUCAAGACACACCAGAGAACCUGAGUCGGGAUUUCGAGCCCGCCACAUACGCACAAGGAGCAGAUGCUCAGAAUCUGAGCACAAGGGAGGUUGAGAAUGGCGAGAAAAGUGACACAAACUCAGAAGCGGAGGACGAGGAAGAAAAAUCUUAGUGUGGGGUGGUAGUGUGACUAUUAACCAGAUCCUCGACUUACAAACAUCUGUGCUUACAGUAAGAUCUGCGCUUACAGUAAGAUCUGUGCUUACAGUAAGACCUGGCUUACAGUAAGAUCUGCACUUACAACUAUAAGAUCUAUGUUUACGAACCUAAGAUCUAUGCUUUCAGCCAUAAGAUUUGCGCUUAAGAACAUAAGAUCGGCGCUUAUUAAUAGCGGUUAGGCACGGUUUAAUUUUUAAAAGCGCUGAGGUGCUGUUUGGAUGUGGGAGACAAAUAACCGUCCUUUGUUCUGUGUGUGCAAACAACUUGUUUGUCAACUGGAACACAAGCAUUGCACGUUUUGUAAGUCAAAACACCAGCAACACAAAUGUUUUAAAUCGGAACACCAGAAUGUGUUUGUAAAUCGGAACACCAGCAAUGUGUUUGUAAAUCAGAACACCAGAAUGUGUUUGUGAAUUGGAACACCAGCAAUAUGUUUGUAAAUUGGAACACCAGCAAUGUGUUUGUUAACUGUAACUGGAACACCAGCAAUGUGUUUGUUAACUGGAACACCAGCAAUGUGUUUGUUAACUGGAACACCAGCAAUGUGUUUGUUAACUGGAACACCAGCAAUGUGUUUGUUAACUGGAACACCAGCAAUGUGUUUGUUAACUGGAACACCAGCAAUGUGUUUGUUAACUGGAACACCAGCAAUGUGUUUGUUAACUGGAACACCAGCAAUGUGUUUGUUAACUGGAACACCAGCAAUGUGUUUGUUAACUGGAACACCAGCAAUGUGUUUGUUAACUGGAACACCAGCAAUGUGUUUGUUAACUGGAACACCAGCAGUUUGUUUGUAAAUUGAGGAUCUCUAUUUUUAAAUCUAUUUUAACUAAUUUUGAAAGUGCCGAUUCUGUUCGUGUUUAGUGCGCCCUAGAGACAAUUAUUUUAGAUAAUAUUAAUGAAGAGAACAUGUAUGAGCACAGAGAACAUGUACCAGCACAGAGAACGUGUACGAAUGCAUAGAACGUGUACGAACACUGAGAAUGUGUACGAAUGUUUACUUUGUUUCACAGACUGUUCCACAACCUUCGAGGUGACGGGUACAACCUCGGGUCGUACCUGAUUUCCUCCCAUGCCCCACACCCACCCACCCCAGGCGCCACACGACUCCUAGGGGUUUAGCGCUCCCCCCCCACGAAUUUUUCGAAUGUUCGCACCAGAGAACUUUGACCCCUGACAUAAAUCUGUGAUAAUUCCCUUCAAUAUUUAUCCAUUGUGGUGGGCAGAUAACAAUACUCGGCAGUCAGCUCUAUUAGGAGCUUCUCAGCUCUGUUAUAAGCUACCCUACUAUCAGCUUCUCUACUAUCAGCUCUUAUAGCCUCCUCUAUCAGCUGUUACAAGCUCCUCCACUAUCAGCUCUCUCAUAAGCUCCUCCACUCAGCUCUGACACUUAUAACAUUUGGACUUAAGCUCAUUCCUUAGGCCUACAAGACACUGCUGCUUUCCACUAAGAAUUUCUUGUCUGAGAAACAUUUCUGUGUCUGAGUUAAUAAUUUUUUCCCUGACUCUCCAGGCUGAAGGUAUCCCUCAGGGACUGUCAGUGACCUUGACUAUGUUCAAAGACUAUAAGUGACCUUGACUUGAAGGACUAUCACUGAUGUUGACUGUUCAGGGACUAUCAGUUACCUUUACUUAGGGACUAUCAGUUAUAUUGACUGUUCAGGGACUGUCAGUGAUCUUGCCUCUGUUCUCCCAUCUAAUAUUUGGUUGUCACUUUAUGUUGACUUUGCUGUAGGUUGUGCAGGCACUGACUGUUACCUGGUAGCAGCCUCUCUCCUGAAUGCCAUCAACUGUGUGUUCCACUCGGCCACUAUUCAUGGCUGUAAGUUUUCUGUUGCUAAAACACAUUGGAUAACUUUUACAGGAUGCUGUAUUGUCUCUAAUGUCGCGUUAUACCUGCAUAAUUCCCAUAUACCUAAACGAGCCUUCUAUUUGGUCUCUGGAUGUCCUGGAAACCUCACAUAAUCUCUCUGCAAGCAACUUGCCAUAGCCAGCUGAGCCUCCUUAAAACUCGUCCAUUUUUCUUGGACGGCUGAUAAAUUAACUCUAAAUCUUCAUUCUGCUCUAAUCUUAUCAAAACUGGAUUAUGGUGACCAAAUAUAUUCUGCAGCUUCUUCCACAAAACUGGAUCCCAUUCAUCAUUAAGUGUUGCAUUUGUGUCAAGCUACUUUCUAUUCCUCCCUGAUCGAGAGUCUGUAUGCAGAGGUGAAUUUUCCAUCUUUGUAAGGUUGAUGUGAUGUCCAUUGUCUCUUAUUUUGUUGUCUCUCAUCACCUUCAUGAUCCUUCAACAUACAGAAUGGUAACACAUUAGUAGAAGUUCUCUGCUGCUGCUCUUUACUACAUCCUUUUUCUUUAUAUUCACUCUUAUUUACUCUAUCCAUCCAGCUUCCUAUUUUUCUCUUUCCCCUUGGGAAGUUCCAUUGAUUCUUGUCUGUUCUUUUCACUUCCAUGAAGAAAGCUCAGUUAUGUACUGUAGCUUCUCACUAACUUUUUCUUAACCAUUUGCAAUCUCAUUCUCAUGUCAUUGUACAGCCUUUCCUCACUUAGCAAUGUACUUGUUUACCAAAGACUCGGACUUACGACGGGCUCUCUGACCAGUGUGCAUACCUAAAUAAUGUAUAUUAUGACUGAUUUCCUCUAUUUUUAUUUAUUACAUUAUACAGCAGACUACUGUAAAAACAUUUUAAAAUAUACUAAAAAUGUUAUAAAUGGUGCAAAGGUGACAUUAUAACAAUAUCAAAGAUGGUUGACACAAACUCACUACCAUUAUAGUACAGGUCGGUCAUCACUAAUCUAGCAUCUUUGUGACCUGUAGUGUGCUGAAUUAGUGAGUUUGCUGGAUUACACAGUGGUUAUGUUAGAAUACACUUAAUUAACUUUCUGCUAUAUCUUCCUCAUUUUCAUCACUGCUUUCUCCUCCACUGGCUUGUUGCUGUGGAUUUAUAACCAUCUGCACAAUUUCUGAGUCAGUAUAAUGAUGAAAUUUGAAAUUAUGCCAGCCGAAAUUGGUGCCGGAUUACUGAUGGAACCGGAUAACUGAUUGCCGGAUUAGUGAUGGUCGACCUGUAUGCUCCUUGCUUAGCGACAAAUUCGUUUACCAAUGUGGUCUUAGGAACAGAACUCCAUCGUUAAGUGAGGGGAGGCUGUAGUUUACACUGGUGGUUCUAAAUCCUCUGAUAGUGUCGGGUUUGCAGCAAUUUUUCUGGACAGUGUUGUACGAGGUCACUUAUUUGACUCGGCUGACAUUUCUACAGCUAUGUUGUAUGCAGUCUCAUGGCUGUUGUGCUUGUUGCAUUCCUACCUCAACAUUUGUAGUAGCUUUAGACUACUGCAUUAUAGGCUAUCCAGAUAUUUGUUUUUCAUCCCGUUGUUCUAUAUGCACAACUUUGGUUAUGUCACAUUACGUACUUGUAAACACAAAGUCAUUUUCUGCUGGGUCCUACUUGGUCCUGCUGGAUCCUACUGGUUCCUACUGUAUCCUGAGUCCUACUGGGUUCCCCUGGGUCUUACUGGGUCCCUGGACAUGUGGACGUUCAGGUCAACAAGCAGGCAGACUCUGCUGCAUGGUCAGCAGCAGGCAAACUCUGCUGCAUGGUCAGCAGCAGGCAAACUCUGUUGCAUGGUCAGCAGUUCAUGAUGUUUCAUACAGUGGUGUUCCAUUCUCAGAGUAGACAACUUUACAACUGUUGGCAACAAUGGUGGUCCGAGAUGAUCUAUUUAAAUUGUGUUGUGUCAAACCUUGUUUGUGUUUCUGGUCUUUUUGUCAUUGCUGUGUUAGACUACACUCUCCCACCUUUGUAUGAGACAUGUCUCACUCUGACAUAUGAGAUGUGUCUCUUAUGUACAAGACACAUGUCACCUGAUGUGUGAGACACAUGUCACCUGACAUAUGAGACAUGUCACCUGAUGUAUGAGACAUGUCACCUGACAUGCGAGACACGUCACCUGACGUAUGAGACACGCAUCACGACGUAUGAGAUACACGCCACCUGAUGUAUGAGAAACGUCACCUGAUGUAUGAUUACACACUUCAUAUGACGUAUGAGACACAUCACCUGGCAUAUGAGACACACGUCACCUGAUGUACGAGACACGUCAGCUGACGUAUAAGACACAUGUCACUUGACAUACGAGACACACGUCACCUGACGUACGAGACACACA